AUGUCUCGCUCAAACCCCCCGAACGCGGGAAGCUCCCGCAAGAUCUCCUUCAACGUCAGCGAGCAGUACGACAUACAAGACGUCGUCGGCGAAGGCGCAUAUGGAGUGGUUUGCUCUGCCAUACACAAGCCAUCCGGCCAGAAAGUCGCCAUCAAGAAGAUUACCCCCUUUGAUCAUUCCAUGUUCUGCCUCCGGACUCUGCGCGAAAUGAAGCUGUUGCGCUAUUUUAACCAUGAAAACAUCAUUUCGAUCCUUGACAUUCAGAAGCCCCGAAGCUAUGAUAGCUUCAACGAGGUCUACCUCAUCCAGGAGCUCAUGGAAACGGACAUGCACCGCGUCAUUCGCACACAAGACCUUUCCGACGACCAUUGCCAGUACUUCAUCUACCAGACGUUGCGGGCUCUCAAGGCGAUGCAUUCCGCCAACGUGCUUCACCGUGAUCUGAAACCGUCCAACCUGCUGCUCAAUGCAAACUGCGAUUUAAAGGUGUGCGAUUUCGGGCUGGCUCGUUCGGCUGCCUCGCAAGAGGACAACUCUGGCUUCAUGACCGAAUACGUUGCCACCCGUUGGUAUCGCGCGCCCGAGAUCAUGUUGACCUUUAAGGAAUACACCAAAGCCAUUGACGUUUGGUCCGUCGGCUGCAUCCUGGCCGAGAUGCUGAGCGGCAAGCCCUUGUUCCCUGGCAAAGACUACCAUCACCAGCUGACCCUCAUUCUGGACGUCCUUGGCACCCCGACAAUGGAAGACUACUACGGCAUCAAGUCGCGACGUGCCCGAGAAUACAUCCGGUCCCUGCCAUUCAAGAAGAAGGUGCCGUUUAGGACGCUGUUCCCCAAGACGUCAGACCUGGCACUUGAUCUGCUGGAGAAGCUCUUGGCUUUCAAUCCUGUCAAGCGCAUCACCGUCGAAGAAGCCUUGAAGCAUCCCUAUCUCGAGCCUUACCAUGAUCCGGACGACGAGCCGACGGCACCCCCGAUUCCCGAGGAGUUUUUCGACUUUGACAAGCACAAGGAUAACUUGAGCAAGGAACAACUGAAACAACUUAUUUACGAGGAAAUCAUGAGAUGA